GGGUUUGGGCUUCGUGUUGGGCUCCAGAAUCAUACAAUUUCAAUUAGAAUUAAAGAGUGGCGAAAGCAUAUCAGAUCAUUCAUAUGUACAUACAUACGUACACAUAAGGGACUGGCGAUGAUUAUGGACUAUAUUCAGAGGUAACAGCUCAGCUCGCCAGAGCUUCGGAGACAGACAGGAAGGAAGCUAGGAUUUUGGGGCAGAGAAUCAUCUUUCUUAACCGGAAAGUAAAAGCUUCGAAAACUCAACCAAAAUUUGGGUAGUAAAAGAUGGGGAAUUUAUUUGUGAAGAAGCCCAAGAUCACGGAAGUGGAUCGAGCGAUUCUCUCUCUCAAGACUCAGCGACGCAAGCUCGGCCAGUAUCAACAACAGCUUGAUGCCGUCAUUGAAGCAGAAAAGCAAGCAGCAAGAGACUUGAUUCGUGAAAAGAAAAAGGACAGGGCCUUGUUAGCAUUGAAGAAGAAAAAGGCACAAGAAGAAUUAUUGAAGCAAGUUGAUGCCUGGAUUAUUAAUGUUGAGCAACAGUUGGCAGAUAUUGAACUGGCAAGCAAGCAGAAAGCUGUUUUUGAUAGUUUAAAGGCUGGUAAUAAUGCAAUUAAAGCUAUACAAAGUGAGAUCAACCUGGAGGAUGUUCAAAAAUUAGUGGAUGAUACUGAUGAAGCAAAAGCUUAUCAAGAUGAAAUUAAUGCUAUAUUGGGAGAGAAAUUAUCAGCAGAAGAUGAAGAAGAAGUUUUGGCAGAAUUUGAGAACUUGGAAAGUCAGAUCAUCCUUCAAGAUCUGCCUGAUGUUCCAACUAAAACACAAUCUUCCGAAGAACACAACAAGAAGCUGAACCUUCCAGAUGUACCAACCAAAGCACCAGUCGCACCUGAAGUGGUUGCGGAUGAUGCUGAAGUAUCCACAAAGAGGAAAGUCUUGGAGGAACCAUUGCCAGCUUGAUUGGGAAAAACGUGGAAUUUAUGUUGCCAUCAUGUCAAGUUGUUUGCCUACUUCAAUGAACCAUCACCUUUGACCUGCGUCAAUGCAUCUGGUACUUUCUUUUUCUUUUUCUUGGGGGGGAAGGGGUAUGGAUUCUUGCAAUUGCGUAAGAUGUUAAUUUGGAUUUCUUCAGCACAAACAUUGGAUUGUACAUAUGUGUAUCUUGACAACGUUCUUCAUAUAUAAAGAUAUUGCAAAAUACUGUCAGCUGAUCAAUAAAACUCAUUCAUGUUUCUUUGUUUUUCAAAA